AUGGAGUUGGAGAAGGCAGAAAAGUCGAAAGGCAACCAGAAUGAAAAAGAUUUCGACGCCAAGGCCGAGUUUGCAAAGCUCGUUGGAUCUCGCUCAGGUGGAGUGUACCUGCCGCCCGCACGGCUUCGCGCACUACAGGAAGCCGCUUCGAGCGACAAGUCUAGUCCUGAGUAUCAACGACUUUCAUGGGAUGCCCUUCGAAAAUCAAUCACCGGUAUCGUCAAUCGUGUCAAUAUCAUAAAUAUCAAAGAGGUUGUUCCGGAGAUGUUUGCGGAGAACCUCAUCCGUGGUCGUGGGCUGUUCGCAAGGAGUAUCAUGAAGGCUCAGGCCGCCAGUUUACCGUUUACGCCGGUGUUCGCUGCGCUCGUGGCUAUCAUCAACACGAAGCUUCCUCAAGUAGGAGAAUUACUCCUCACCAGGCUUAUAAGCCAGUUCCGCCGUGCCUUCAAAAGGAACGACAAGAUCGUUUGCCACUCUGCCACGACAUUCAUUGCGCAUCUCGUCAACCAAGCCGUUGCUCAUGAAAUCAUUGCUCUCCAAAUCAUCGUUCUUCUCGUCGAACGACCUACCGAUGACUCGAUUGAAAUUGCUGUUGGUUUUAUGCGAGAAGUUGGUGCAUUCCUUGCAGAAAUUUCUCCAAAAGCAAACGCCACAGUAUUCGAGCGAUUCCGUGCAGUGCUUAACGAAGGCAGCAUCAGCCAGCGUGUGCAAUACAUGAUUGAAGUAUUGAUGCAGGUCAGAAAAGAUAAGUACAAAGAUAAUCCUAUCCUUCCCGAAGGUUUGGAUCUGGUUGAAGAAGACGAGCAAAUCACCCACGAAAUACAGUUGGAGCAAGACUUGCAGGUCCAGGAAGGUCUUAAUGUCUUCAAAUUUGAUCCUGACUAUUUCAAAAAUGAGGAACGGUACAAGGAGAUCAAAGCCGAAAUAUUGGGCGAAGGCUCUGAUGAAGAGUCUGGGUCAGAUGAAUCUAGCGAUGAAUCAGACGAGGAAGUUGCUGAGACCAAGGAAGGCAUUGAAGAUCGCACUGAAACAAAUCUGGUGAAUCUUCGUCGGACGAUAUAUUUAACGAUCAUGAAUGCCUUGAAUUACGAAGAAGCUGUCCAUAAACUGCUGAAAGUUCAGCUUGAGGAGGGUAAAGAGAUCGAAUUGGUCAACAUGAUCAUCGAGUGUUGCUCUCAAGAAAGGUCUUAUGCGACAUUUUAUGGGCUAAUUGGUGAACGGUUCAGCAAGCUUAACCGCGUUUGGACCGAUUGUCUGGAGGCCGCGUUUAGAAAUUACUACAGCACGAUUCAUCGUUACGAAACGAACCGUCUGCGCAACAUUGCCCGAUUCUUUGGUCAUCUUCUGGCCACUGAUUCCAUUUCUUGGGUGGUUCUUGAAAGUGUCAAGAUGAAUGAAGAUGAUACGACGUCCAGUUCUCGGAUUUUCGUCAAAAUAUUGAUGAACGAGAUGAUGGAGAGCAUGGGGCUGAAGACGUUGGCCGAACGGUUCAAGGAUCCCGAAGUGAAGCAUGCUUGUCAGGGAAUGUUCCCUGUCGAUAUACCCAAGAACACUCGGUUUGCUAUCAAUUAUUUCACCAGUAUUGGUCUUGGAGUCAUCACUGAAGAUAUGAGAGAGUAUUUGAAGGUCUGUCCCAGUCAUACAUAA